GGUUCACACAAGCAGUAGUAGCACAUUUCAUAGCGCUAACUUUGUGCACUUGCGUCCUAAUUUGAGGACGGCCUUGCGAUCUGUUACCCCGAGCGUCAUCCAUUGGAAUAGGUAGUGAGAGGCGAACGAAAUUGCGCGGGGACGGGCGACACGAAUCGUUGAGAUCGCAGCGGCAUUCUUCUCGUGCUGGAUCGCUGAGGGACUGACGUCACGAGCAGAGAGUGACGUCACGAGCUGCGAGUGAACAGAGAGUGACGUCACGAUCAGCGAAGAUGCAUGGCGGGGUUAGAGAGCGCGGGCGCCGAUCGUCGAGUAGAACGUUGCUGAUCAUCGAUAGGGAGAGGGGCGACGGGGAGAGGGAGGAGGGGGAGAGGGACAAGGAGAGGGACCAGGAAGGCCGAUUGAGAAGCGGCGAAGCAGCGGCAUCCACUAGCACGGCCACUGCCAUUCGUAGUAGCGCAAUGGGAACCGCUAGGAGCGAAGUUGGUAACGCUCGGAACAACAACAGCAGCAGCAGCAGCAGCAGCAGCAACAGCAGCAGCAUGAGCCCCACGCCACCCUUGCACGUGGAUUCUCUCCCCCCAUGGCACCAGUUUAUCUCCCUCUGCUCUUCGAUUUCCUCCUCCUAUUCUCCGUACUCCCGUUCGCCUGUUCCCUCCUCCCUCUCCCCUUCCUCCUCCUUCCCCUUAUUCCUUCCCCACUCCUCUCUGCCUUCCACCAAGGCCUGUGAUUGGCCCGCCUCGCCUCUGGAAGCGUACGUGGCGCUGUCCAAGCUGGCAGCCGCUGAUUGGUGGAAACGAGUGGAGGUCGUUUUGAUGACGGAACGUGGGGGAGAGGAGAGGGGAAGGGAGGGGGAGAGGGAGAGGGAGAGGGAGAGGGAGAGGGGGAGGGGAGGUGCUAGGUGUAGAGAGGAAAGUCUAGAAAGAAUAAAUCAAGUAGGGAAGGAGGAGGAGCGGGAAGGGUGUGAGAGAGGGGCGGCUCAUAAUCAGCAGCAGCAGCAGCAGCAGCAGCAGCGGCCGCCUCUAAGCCUGCUUGCCAUCAUGUGCUACAAACGAGGGGAGGAACCAGAUAAGGUUGAUGUGGUCGUCCCACUGAGCGCAUCUAGAGCCCUCACACCCGCCUGGCUUUCCCGUGUUGCCAAGCUUGCAGGAACACCGGUUGACAAGGAGAGCCGCAGCACAUGUGGCUUCCCAGGGUUCGCUUCAUGCGCCGACGCACCUCAAAACGCUGCUGUUCAGCUCGGUGGGAGGCCAGGGGACACAGGCAGCAGCAUCACCAAUGCACAUGGGUGUGCAGAGCCUGCUCCGUGUGCUGAGGCGCCUCACAAACCGGCUGCUACACCUGCUGGGGCACUACAAGGGUCUCCUGUAUGCUCAAGUCCAGGUGGCCCAUACCAGGAAAACUGUUCAACCACGGCAAACCGCACAGAUUGCCCUGUGGAUCAGCCAAGGCAUGAGGCGCCUCAAAAGUCAGUGCAGGUGUCGCGUCCUGGUUUUAGUGGUUGCAGUGAUGCUGUGGCACUAGCGCUCCCACCAUCCAGCAGUCAAGAGUUUCUGCGCCGGUCUGUGAGGCUUGCUGUUGUGGACCAGUUCGGGCUUAUGGUAAUUCUCCGUAUGUUCGACCAUGUCAAUAUCAGCUCAUGAAGGAUGCUUGUUUCAUUCCAUGCUGCAUGUACCAUCCAAUCCAACGGUCAACAACACUUCCCCCCCUCCCCCCAAUACAGUGUGGCUUGCUGUUGUGAACCAGUCCGGCCUCAUGUUUGUUCUCCGUGUGUCGACCACGUCAGUCAAUAUAAAGGCAGCCACAACUGAUUUACGGUUGAUAGACCUUCCCAACCGUGUCAUUUCUUGGUGCGCUCUUCGCUCUUGGCAUACGGUAGUAUGGUACCUACAUCUUUGGGAAGACAGGAGCGCGAGAUGCAUCACUACAAAUCGCAGCAUUUACGACUACCAGGAAAGGAAACCCUACUGCUUGUCUCUCGCGUCAGGUUUGGCCAUCUGUGCAUUCUUGCCGCGUGGUUAGGGCUUGUUCUAUCAAAAUUGGAAUUGU